GAAUGGCCACAAAACUGGAUUCAGUUGAUGCCUUUUUUAAAUGAAAUUUCUAGAAAGGGCGGAUUUUCCUUGGAAUUAGUGCUUUCUUGUUACCAGUCAUUAUGCGAGCAAAUCUACGAAUAUGGAGAUUCUCUAACAAAAGAAAGAAGAAGAGAUUUACUAAAAGGCUUGAGAGAACAUCACACCUCUCUUAUGGAGUUUUGCCUCCUUGUCAUGUUUGUUUCCGUGCCGCUUUCACAAGAAAAUUCGCAUCACAAAAGAGUCGUGAAAAAAGUGCUUCAUUUAUUUCAAAUAUUAUUCGAGCAUAUUAACUUCACAGUCUUAACGGAGGAGUCUUUUCAACUUCUUUUUGCAUUAACAAACAACCCCGAAUUUCAAGCUGAAGCUUUAGAAGCAAUGAUUUCAUUUGUUACCAAAAAACGAGAUAAAAAUCAGCGAUUGGAGCUUAAUAGGCUUAUAAAUGGUAUUAAUAUUUAUAGCGAGCCUUUUUAUUUAUUACUUUCUCAAGACUGUGAGUCGCUGGAAAAUGACUCAUAUUUACUCAUUAAUCGCUUUGCUGAAUACUUGAAACUUUUGACGACGCACGUGGUUGUUCCUGGCCGCGAGGAAAACUUUGUUAAUUUUGAAACGUCGAGUUUGCAAGUGUAA